UUGGUCUAUUGACCAAAAAUAUUGAAAUAGCAAUUUGUCAGUAUAUGCUUUUAGUUAUUGUCUUUUUCAAUAAUGAUAUGAACAAGUGGUUAACGUAUACUUAUGAACAUAUUUACGAAGGAUUAUGAGCCAAUUUUUUUUUAUUAUUAUUAUGAAUGAAUUCUAAAUUAAUGUUAUAUUCUGCACAUGAAGAGAUUUCUAACAUACUUUGUUUUAAUGUGCAGCAGUUCCUGAGAUCCCCUUUUGGCAUAAAAACUACAUUUGUGGGUUGACUCGCAUUCAUUUUCGUAAAUAAGGACCAAGUUGACCAACAAAACUCCCAUUUGAGAAUACCAGACUUCUUAUUAACCAUGUUGUGGCAAAGUGAUUUCCUGGCUAUUAGCUGGAGAGGCCCUGUUCUUGAAGUACCCAUUCAGAUCUGACUGGAAGUCUUUGUGUGUGUGUGGCUUGUGGUAUGGCCCAGCAGAGUACCAUUCCUGCUUUCUGCUUGGAGUAUUGGCAGAAUAAAGCUGUUGAGUGGGGACAGGCCACCACUUUGGCAUCCCAACAAGAUGUCUGCCUACACCUGCAACAAUUAAAGGACUUCCUACAGGAGAUUUUCCAAAAGUUGCAGCAUAUGAACACCACUGCGGCCAUAAAGACAUUUCCUCUUGUUGGUCAGUUGCUUGGAAGACUCUGUUGGAACCCAUGUGUUGUAGCGGAUGAAGAGAGCCAAAGGACUCUGCUGCAGUGUUUAUGGUGUCUAUACAGUGCUGAACCACAGAAUGCCAUCGAAUUAAAAGCCAAUGACUGGAUACAGAGCUUGAUACAUCAUCUUAUUUCGGACUCUGAGACAGAGAACAAUUCCUUCAUUCAGAUUCUGGGAUAUACAUCGGAGGAAUAUCAUUCAAAUCUAGUGAAAUGUAUGGUUUCAUCAUUAGUGACAGAGCUAAGAGAAAGCUGCUGUAAUGGAAUUCACAUGCCUAAGAGGUUUACACCUGAUAGACUGCACAGUCUGUCAGUUUUCUGUAUACCUCUUGUCACUUGUUCGGAAGCUGCUCCAUUAAUCGAAGCCCUGCUUACGUGCUGUGAAUCUGGUUCAGGAGAGACACUCAGUGCAGACUUCUUAAAAGCUGUUGGCACAGCACUGCUGCAGAAGAAGAUUGGGCUGCAGGAAACAGUAAUCAUUGGCCUCUGGUUGCGCUACCUUCCCAGUCUUGAAAAUGUCACACUACAUCUAAUUGAAACAGUUGUUUCAACUCCACACUUUUCUCCACAAGAAAUGGAAAGCUUAAUCAACGAUUCAUUGCUGCCCAAAGCUUCAGCCCGCCACCCUCACAUUUUUAUGAUAGUAGACACUAUUUUUAGGAACAUACUGCUGGAGUCUGAUGGAAAUCUUUUAGUACAGACACUCAUGCAGAUGUUUACUCGGAGCUUCAUUCAGGCACUGCUUUUUGGGGAAGCACAGGAUAAACCUCCCUUGAAGGCUUUCUUUCCUCACAAUCCACAACCUCUAUUGAUGGCACUUCUAAAGCAUCCCUCUGAUGUGCCCUCACAGGUGUGGCCUCAACAUUUACUGUGUAUUGUUGAGACAUUAAAAGUGGCAGUAGAGGACAAAGAUAAUGGAGGAUCUCAACGAGGCCUCUUUGAGAACUGGUUCUUGCUUGUCCAUUGUGGAGACUGGGUGGAUAUUGCUGCACAGCAGCUAAUUGCAUCAAAAGCAGAAACCUCAGAGGCCCUACUCUGGCUUUUGGCGUUUUACCAUCAUCCAAACAACGAAAACCAGCAGAGGACCAAAUUACUGGCAGUUGUAAGAAAAGUCUGUGAUCAUCUGAAGGUGCUCUUCAGCAGUACAACGCUCUCUCUCUCACAUCUUCAGACGUCUUUAGACCUUGCUGAAGCAAACUCAGAAGAAAGUGGCUCAAAAUAUCUGUUUAAUCAGCUCUUUCUGAACUUCUUGCUCUUCUCUGCUGGUGGACAAGUAAUUGCAAAAGACGCUGUCCAUCUGAUGACACAUGGAAAUGUACUAAAUGGAAUUUCUGCUAUGCUUGCUGGGGCUGAACACAGACUAAACAGUUAUGGACUAAUGGACUACAAAGCUCACAGAACUCUGAAGCUACUUCAGGAACAUCUUAAACGCAAAGCUUAAACACAAUAACGUGUUCAUUAUGAAAUGUUCUUGGAAGUGUCAUUGUAUACUGUAUAAAUUUGGUUGCCAUUAAAAUGUUUUACAUGAAAUACA